AUGGCUAAAUCAUCGACUGACAAGACCACGCCGAGAAUUACGCCUUUCACGGUACGUGUUUCUGAUGACGACCUACAGCAACUCGAUUUACUCCUGCGCAUAACUCCCAUUGCGAAACCGACCUAUGAGAACAGCCUACCUGAUGGCGAUAGGAAGUAUGGUAUGCGACACGACUGGCUGAAGCAGGCAGUGGAAGAAUGGAAAAACACAUUCGAUUGGUAA